AUGUCAACACCCAAGAAAAAAGAAAACGAUAAAUCUCAGUCCAAAGAUAGGCAAAGAUCGAUGAGUACAAUAAAUCUUAGCCCUGUUAAAGCGACAAGCUUACGAAAACAUGAAAUAGAUCCAGAUGUUGAUUCCGAUGAUCCAAUUGUUUGGGGAUUUUUAUUACCGUUGGUUCCGUCACCUGAUACAAACCAAGAAAUAGAUCAUCUAAAUGAACAAUACUCGCUUUCAAAUUUACUGAAAAAAUUGAAGAAGCAAACUUAA